UAUGCUCUUAUAAAGCGCUGCGGCGCCACCACACACCCCCAGCACUCUGUGGAGCUCAGUGCGCCGUACGGUCCUUCCUCAGCAUCUCCCGUCACACGGAUACCUAAUCCUCCCGCCUCUCCGCCAUGGCCGAUCAGCUGACUGAGGAGCAGAUUGCUGAAUUCAAGGAGGCUUUCUCCUUAUUUGAUAAAGAUGGGGAUGGCACCAUUACCACUAAGGAGUUGGGCACAGUCAUGCGGUCGCUGGGUCAGAACCCCACAGAGGCAGAGCUGCAGGACAUGAUCAAUGAAGUAGAUGCUGAUGGCAAUGGCACAAUUGACUUUCCCGAAUUUCUGACAAUGAUGGCAAGAAAAAUGAAGGACACUGACAGUGAAGAAGAGAUCCGUGAAGCAUUCAGAGUGUUUGACAAGGACGGUAACGGUUACAUCAGUGCAGCAGAGCUCCGCCAUGUAAUGACCAACCUAGGUGAAAAACUAACAGACGAAGAGGUAGACGAAAUGAUCAGAGAAGCUGAUAUAGAUGGAGAUGGACAGGUCAACUACGAAGAAUUCGUACAGAUGAUGACUGCAAAAUGAAGAAUUCUCCCCAAUUCCCCCUCUAGAAGAAUCAAACUGAAUCUUUUACUUACCUCUUGCAAAAAUGUUCAUUUACUCAUUCUGUUUCUGUAUAGCAAAACUGAAUGUCAAGAAAUACCUUCUGUCCACAAAACAAUCUGCAUGUAAUGGUUGGUGGUCCUGUCCCUAAAACGAUGAGUUUAAACAUCAGUUUUACAGUAUCUAAAUACUCGUACUACCUUUUACCAACAAGGAAACACUUAGAGGACUCCUUAAGCUCCAUUUGCUAAUGAUUACUCCACUGUUUGGGCUGGCCAGUUUUACAUGCAUGCAGCUUGACAAUUGAGCACAGUCAGACCUUUGUAUUUAAAACCAAGAAAAAACAAAAAAAAAUGUUAAAGCAAUUCUGCCAUAUCUGGUGGAUUCUGUUUCAAUUUGUAGUAUAAAUUGUCAUAGCUGGUUUACUCUUUAAAAAAAAAAAAAAAAAUUGGUUUAUACCUCAGGAUGGUAUGCAGCAGUAUGCUUGAAGGAUACAGAUGGCGGAAGCCUUCCCCUGCCCCCUACCCCCCCCCCCCCCUAAAACUAUGGUUCUUGUACCUGGCGUGCUUUAGGAUGACUACACUACCCGGGAUGGCAUGUCUGUUCUAAUUUCAGUUUAACGUGUUUGUGCUGCACUUGAGUGAAACGGGUGUUGGGCUCUUACCGUUCACGUUUUUAAUAACCGAAUAGCUCACUGAUGGGGAGCAUCUUUUGGACUCUCAGCAUUUUUAAAGAAGAAAUUAAGUCUGCACCAGACUUGGAUACGGCAGAUUCCUAUACACUCUAUAGGACUUCAGCACAAAGAUCGAGGCUGUUCAAGGAAAAAACUAACUUCUAAAUGUCCAUUCCAAGUUGUAAAUGCUAGAUUUUUUUUUGUUUUCCAAUAAAAGACCAUUAGUGUAACUAUAUAGUUUUUCUGUUGACACUUUAAUUUAUUCAUCCAUCCAUGUACAGAGUGCUUAUCAUGGCUUUGCUGGUUAGAGAUCUUCCUAGUUGUAUCUGUAAUUUCUCCCCCGCCCAUGUAGAUCCAUAGUGACGCUUUGUACAGGCUCUUUUGAUGGGUCCCGUCCCAUGGCGGCGAGUGUAUUUUAUAAGCUGUGUCUGCUGAAAAUCACUACUUAAUUUUGCAUUUACUUUUUCGUCUUAAGGCGUGGCACAUGGAGAAGCCUUUUUAUAUGCAUGCACAAAACUACCAAAAUAAAGGCACAUUUUGGCUGUUCUGAUUUAAACAUAUAUGUAAAAAAUAUUUUAUUUGUAAAACCUGAGGAAUAAAGGUGUGAGUCCUAGGUCUGAGCGCUGUGGGUACCUAGUCAGUGUUCCUAAUUUAUGCUUCUCAAGCAUUGUUUACUGCUUUUUCUACCAGGCUGGAGGGGGAGGAUGACUUCAGGCUAAAGCGUUUUGGUUGCAUUUGACAGAAUUUUUGGUGGUAGCCAUGUUAGAGGCUGAACUGGUUGCAGAGUAAUAAACCUUGUGGUAAUGGGUAAGGCUUCCUCAUCUGUAAGUGCUGGCGGUGUGACUUGCACUUAUUUCUAUGGACCUUGGAGUGUAUGCAGUGGAUAUUUGUGAAUAUAUUUCAGGCUUUUGAGGAGUUUUGGGCAGACAAUCGAUCAGCUGUAAAAGAUUCUGCCAUAUCUGGCUGCAGACUUGACCUGCAAAGCUCUAAAUACAGCUGCAAACUAAUCUCCCCUCCAUAUUCCAUCAAUAUCACCUGGUCAGAUUCUUGGUAACAAUCUGUAUUUGGCUUCAGCCUGAGGGGACUGGAUGGACUUUUUAUUAGAGAACAAUCUUAGUGGGCACUGCCAGGCUCUCAUUUCACCUACUAAUCUGUUAACCCCUCUUCCUCUCUGGCACCACUGUUUGGUAGCAGAAUGCCAAAGAUUAGAACAUACACUGGGCAUGGCGGUGGUAGACAAUGACAACGCUUGGUGCACAUGGGGUAGGCCAAGGUCGAAACGCGUCUCCUGCUUUUCAAUUCCCAUAAUUUCUGGGCCAUUGUUGGUGGCGAUCACGUGUGAGACAGUGGACGUGGCACUCCUCCUCCUGCGCUCAUUCUACCAUGGCUUGACUGGAAGCUUGUGCUAAUUCUGAAUCUGUGCUUGCACUUUAGGGAAAAAUAAAACAAACACGCUAAGCCUUGAUACAAAAGACCUGGAUAGAGUAAAUAGCUGUCCUGUAUUGCAGCUGAAAUUAAUAAAGCCAAAUAAAAACAA